AAAAGUUGUACGCAUGUGCAUAUUGUUCAAGCAGCUGCGUUUUUUUAUUUUGCUCCCGUCAAACUGUGUCAAUUUAGUCCAGUGUCCUUUAUUGUUAGAACAUUUAUUAAGGAACGAAAGCAUAUUAUUUAGAUUGUUACUGGAAUGGAUGAUUGAUCAACUCGGAAAGGAGUUGGCAAUUUACCCGACGUUGUUAAAAAGUAAAGUACAAGAAAAAUCCACCUAUUGUGUUGGGGAAGUCCCUCUUGGAAAUCCCCUGUAAUUGUCGGAAUUAUUUAUUUCCAAAUUCAGAUGAGACACAUCCUUCAGGCUACGCAGUUGACAUCCUCCUCAGACUAAUCUUGAAGACAUGUUGUAUAACCUACGAACACAAACUCUAUCGAACAAAUAAACAGAAUCAUUUCAGAAGCUGAUGGAAUAUUGAAGAUUUUUCGCCAUCCCCAUCUGUCAGAAGCAACAGUGAUAAAUUACCUCUGGAAUAAGGAACAUGACUGGAAUAAGGAACACGAUGGAUGUCGAUUUGGAUAAUGAUACGCUGAAAUCAAAAAUACGGAGCUGCCAUACAUUGACUACUUUCUACCACGAAACUCGGGUGGAGAUUGACACAUUAAGUAAGAAAAUCAAGAAAAGGGACAAUUUAAUCGCAGAUUUAAAGGCUAGGUUAGGCAAAUACGAAAAUACCUGUAUCAAUGUGGAAGGGUAUGACCCUGUUGUCAUAGCACCUGCCGAAUCUUUGCUGGAAAGUUUAUGCAAAGAAAUCUGCAAACUGAAGCAAAAAUUGAAAGACACAGAAAUGAAUGCGGUUCAGCAAGCAGAGUUGAGCCAACAAGAGAUACAGAGGUUGCAACAGCUGCUGAGGGAGAUGGAGCGAGAGCUGGAGAGUGUGACCCGUCAACCAGACCACGAGAAGGACCAGGAUAUCCAGAGGCUCCGCUCUGCCCUGGCAGAGAGGGACCGUGCCCAGGCCACCCGUGCCGUCCUGUGCACCUCGCUGGCUGGAGAGGCCGACCAGCUCCGGAGCCAACUGGGAGCCACAGUCAGGGUGUGUCAGGAGUUACUGGGCCGACUAGAGAGAGAGAAGAAGGGAGGAGAGAGAGUGACGGAGGAGGUGAAAAUGCAGCAGAAGGCAAAAGAGAUAUUGGAUUAUACGGAAGCUGGUCGCAUUGACAUUCUAGUCAGCAAACUCCAAGAAGAGAACCAAAAGCUAACGCAAAGAGUGGCAUAUGUGGAAGGUCUAAACUCCAAAUGGCAAAAGUAUGACUCGAGCAGGGAAGCAUAUGUGAGGUACUUGUGUCAGAAGCUGAAUGAGUCUAGUGCCCUGGCUGUUACCUCCAGUCCUGUUCCAGGUGUGGGGCAUAGGGUAGGGCCCGGGCCUACACAAGAGCCUGGGGCUGGCCUGGGCUUGUUCCCAGAGUUGGCCUCAGCCAAAGCUGGGUUGCUCCAGCAGGAGAUAGCCAGGCUCAACGGCCUACUGGAGGAGAAGUUGGGGGACUGUGGGAGGUUGGGGAGAGAGCUGGAUGAGAGCAGGAGACGAUACAAGGACCGCAUCCAGAUGCUAGAGCAACAGGUUCUCAUCUACACAGAUGACUUUAAGUCGGAGCGGGCAGACAGGGAGAGAGCGCAGGGCAGGAUCCAGGACCUGCAAGAGGAAGUAUCUCGACUACAGGAGCAGCUACACACACAGGCACAGAGCCCUACUAGAGAUGCCAACUCCACGUGCCGAGUCCAUAAAGGACACCGGAUCUCCCCACGCAUGAGCACGAACUCGGCCGAAUCACUGCUGAGGAACAGCGCCAAUCCACCUGUGACAAAAAUCAAAAAUUAAAAGCGGGCCUUUACCUGGGGCGGCGUCAGCGGUACUUAGCACCCAGUCCCACCUGGACAAAGUGCUAGGGUUCGUCGGAACUCCAAUGCCCAAGAUGCCUCACCACAUAUGAUGACACACAUGCGGUGGAGUACCUCAAACACUGCAUGGAGUGUGUCAGGCUAUGAGCUCCGGCGUGAACUUUCCCCUAGGUACAGCUAUAGGAUCAUUUUCCGUUCCCCAAUCCAAACCAUAAAGUGGGGAAAAUGCAAAACUGAUCCAACAUCUAGGGGCAACUUUGCCCUACUCCCAAGCUAUGAGAGUUACUGCCCCUCCCACCCCACGGGGGUGUUAAGACAAAUAUUGCUAACUGACGAUAAUUGAGCACUGAAGAAAAAGCACUACAUGCACCCUAAGAAGGGUUGGGACCGGGGAGCUUAGAAAACUGACUAGUUCAACUGGGUUGUGUUCAUUAGGCACUAAAUGGAAGAAAAUGGACCGAAACAGGGAGGUACUACCUGGACUUCAGACGCUACCAUGCUUUUUGGUUGUUAAAAGACAGAAUCUAAUAGAUUAUUGAUGCAGAGUUGCAGUGUCAGUACUAGCUUGGUGGUCAUAGUGGGAGAAAUAGCGGUAGCACUUUAUUUUACAGUACAGAAAAGACCAGGUAUUUACCAGGAAACUACAUGGUAAAAUGAUAACACAGUAUUGACUUUGAAUUACCUGUUUCUUUCUUUCGGAUUCGUUACAACAAACACCACUGGCCACCAUUUGAAUGGGUUGAGUUCCUUGAAGGAAAUACCAGAAAGUUCCCAUUGUUACCAUAUAAUUUCCGAGUAAAUACCUGAUAAAUACCAGUGGAAAAAGUAAGUAAGUGUAAAACAUUUUUGGGUGAAAUACCUUUGGUUUGGCAAGAUGAAGCGAUUUCCAGUGCAAACCCACACAUGUUUGACUACAUGAUCCAUAUGAAUUAUCACAUGAUACUGCAUGGGUGUGUUUCUGUGUGGAGAUGGUUGAUUGUGUGGUCUGUAGAAAAUCUAGAUGGAAAAUUGGAUGUUAAUUGCGAUAUUUGAAUGUCACAUACCUCAAUUCAAUAUUCCGGCAUCAAAUUGUUAACCUGUUGCACUUUCCUAACCUGUUUACCAAAGUAGUCAUUAAUGCACAUAUUUAUUUUUUUGAUUUAUUGGAUUUGAAAUACAUAAGCUUCUUUCUGGUUGAAGAUACUGUGGUAUUUUUAAAUCACUGAUGAAUGAUCUCGAGACUGAUUCCCUGACCUGUCAAUGUUUUUAAUUUGCUGUUUUUGAUUUUGUUAUACUCUUGUGAAUUCUAUGGUUUUUACUAGAUUAUUUGUAGUUUUUCAUGUUGUUUGUCUGUAAUUUUUGUAAUGACUUGGUGCUGCCUAUCUUGGCCAGGACGCUCUUGAAAAAGAGAUUUUAAAUCUCAAUGAGCCCUUCCUGGUUAAAUAAAGGUUUAAUAAUUAUUAAAAAAAUAACAUUGUCUGACGUUAGCAUGGUGCUAUUUGUUGUACUGUAUAUUUUGAUGUUGUUCACGUUUUGAGUAAGUCAUCUAUUUUCAAUUUAACCUAUAGAUGUUGACCUAUGAUCUUUGUGCCUGGAAAUAUGUAUUCACAGUAUUAUAUAUGAUUGAAUAUUUAUUUGCAAUUAGUGGGGCUUUUUCAAAUUGGAAAAUCUUUAUAAUGCUGUGUCAAAAUUAACAUCGCCAUCAUGUUUUGAGGUGUCGUCUGAAUCCUGGUACACCUAAGCAGGAUUUUUCACAAGACAGUGUGGGAGACAAAUUCUCCACAACAUGGCAACCUUAAAAAAAGUGCCAUUUCAGAUCUGACAUUUGAAACUACAUUUGGAGAAAUUACCUCCGAACUGACACAAGUUUUAUUUUUCUAGAAGCCAUUGAUUUAUAAACAUCAAAAUGUGAUUAUCUGUUUUAACCUGUUUAAUUGAAAGGAUAUUUGUAAUAAAAAAAACUUGUUUGACCAGU